AUGAAUUCAGAUUCCGAAACUGAAUAUUCUAGCUCGGAUAUCGAAGGCGAAUACGAUCUUUGCUGCCGUGAAACUGGCACAUGCGGGUUACCCUUCGAUCCUACUUCUUUAGAAAACGUGAUUUUGUCUAUUAGCGAUAAGUUCAACUUUCGCAUUAUCUUAAAUGAUAGCCGAGCAAAGAACGCUAUACUCGUAACCACUGGCCUGACGCUGGCUGGGACCUUAAUUGGCAAACAUUAUGGCGGUAAAAUUGGAGCGGCCGUUGGAGGAGCAGUAGGUGGCGUUUGUGGACUUGGGAUAGUUGCGGUAUCCAUGCGAGAUAUAUGGCAAGAUAUAAGAGAGAAGCUCUCGGAACUAUUCGACAUAGUCUACGAUUAUCUAGCUGGUCUAGGUAUAAACGAUUAUAAAAACGCUGCCAAAUUUUUAAUGCAAGAUAGUGGAACCAGUACGCAGCUUGCUAUGGUCAUUUUACAAGUUACAUCUGACGUUCUUGGGAAAAAAAUACUAUCAAGUCUGACUGCU